CCUCGUCGGGGCAUCCCACCCACAAAAGAAGAGACGUCACCUCCUUCAGCCUCUCCCCCACCUCCGAAGUGUUGUCUCCCGAGGAAAAAUCCAUUGACUCUCGCACCACCGCCGCCCGGCAACUGGAUACUAACCCUUCGACGCUCCUACCCCUCGUCCCUUCCAAUCAAAGAGAGUAGGUUUUCUUUCGGUCGGAUUGUGGAAUCGCGAUCGACGGCCGCGUGGUGGUAUCGGGAGGGAAUCGUGCGGAUCGGAGGAAGCCCUGGAUUUGAAUUGUAAGACAUGUGGUGGGACGGAGGGCGGUUCUACUGGGGGAGUAAGGAGGGGAGGGAGGGGAUCGUGGUGGUGUUCGCGUGGUUGUCGAGCCAGGAGAGGCACUUGAAGCCCUACGUGCAGCUCUACUCGUCCUUUGGCUGGCGGUCGCUCGUCUGCCAUAUCGAUUUCCUCACCUUGUUUUUACCUGAGAAGGCCGCAUCACUAGCUGAUGGUGUACUCAGAGAGCUUCUUCAGGAACUUAAGAUUAGUCCAUCACCCAUUGUAUUCGCUGCUUUUUCUGGGGGACCGAAAGGAUGCAUGUACAAAGUUCUUCAGCUGAUUGACCAACAGUGCAAAGGACAACUUGAUCUGCACGACUAUCAGCUUGUAAAAGAGUCUUUAUGUGGACAAAUAUAUGACUCCACUCCAGUAGACUUUACAAGUGAUUUGGGCACUCGAUUUGUUCUUCAUCCAUCUGUUCUGAAAAGGCCCCACCCUCCUAGAGUUGUGUCAUGGAUGGCAAAAGCCUUGGCAACUGGCCUGGACACUCUUCAUAAGCAGAUUUGAAGCAGAACGUGCUGACUAUUGGCAGACUCUGUAUUCUUCAGUUGUAAGGCUCCAUUUUCUUUCCCACAUCUGCUUAUCUUCAUUAAAGCUAUCCACUUUCUUCUUCUAUUGA